UAUAUUUUACAUGUGUUUUACAAAUGAUGGUACGUGCUUUAUUGUGCGUCAAAUGAUGGAAACACGCUGAAAAAGUACUAGAUUUUGCUUCAAGUGUACUAGAGUACCAGAUUCUUAGAGAAUGUACUAGAUCUAGUAUAUUUGUAAUAGACUGGCAACACUGCACCCAACGGCCAACCGAAAGGAUUUUUUAGGAAGUUCAUGUAUCAGUAACCAAUAAUUAAACAUGGAUGUCCUGGAGUAUUCCGAUAUAUCUGCAGAAAUCAAAGGAUGCAUGACUCCUGGCAAAUUGAAAAUGACAGAUCAACAUAUAAUAUUUAAAAAUAGUAAGAAUGGCAAAGUUCAACAGAUUCUUUCAUCAGAUUUUGAUAUGGUUAACUUUCAAAACUUUGCUGGCACUUGGGGCAUACGUGUCUUUUUAAACAAUGGAACUCUGCAUAGAUUUGUAGGUUUUAAGGAGUCAGAAAAAGAGAAAAUUGCAAAAUUUUUUAAAAGCUCUUAUAAAAUUGAUAUGUUGGACAGAGAAUUGAGUAUGAAAGGUUGGAAUUGGGGAACUGCUAAAUUUAAUGGUGCUGUACUAAGUUUCGAUGUGGGAUCCCAUAGUGCUUUUGAAAUACCUCUUAAUCAUGUUUCUCAAUGUACAGGUGGAAAAAAUGAGAUUACAAUGGAGUUUCAUCAGAAUGAUGAUGCCCCUGUGAGUUUAAUGGAAAUGCGAUUUUUUAUUCCAUCUAGUGAAUUAGCUGGAGAUGUUGAUCCAAUUGAAGCAUUCCAACAAAGAGUUAUGGACAAAGCUAGUGUUAUUAAUAUUUCUGGAGAUGCCAUUGCUAUAUUCAGAGAAAUUCAUUGUCUUACACCAAGGGGUCGUUAUGAUAUCAAGAUCUUCAACUCAUUUUUUCAACUUCAUGGUAAAACUUUUGAUUACAAGAUUCCAAUUACAACAGUUUUAAGGCUUUUCUUAUUGCCUCAUAAAGACAGUCGCCAAAUGUUCUUUGUUGUAAGUUUGGAUCCUCCCAUUAAGCAAGGUCAAACCAGAUAUCACUUUUUGGUCUUUCUAUUUAACCAAGAAGAUGAGACCUCUGUUGAGCUGCCUUUUACAGAGGAUGAACUGAAAGAGAAAUAUGAAGGAAAGUUACAAAAGGAAAUAAAUGGACCUACUUUUGAAGUUAUGAGCAACGUCAUGAAGCAUAUAAUAAAUAGAAAAUUAACAGGACCAGGAGCUUUUAUUGGACAUUCUGGGACGCCAGUUAUAAGUUGUUCAUUUAAAGCAGCAGCAGGUCUUUUAUAUCCGUUGGAAAGAGGUUUUAUUUACAUUCACAAACCACCAGUACACAUUAGAUUCGAAGAAAUCGCAUCCGUCAAUUUCGCCAGAGGCGGCGGUAGUACUAGGUCUUUUGAUUUUGAAGUAGAACUUAAAUCCGGUACUGUCCACACUUUCAGCAGCAUCGAAAAAGAAGAAUAUGGAAAACUUUUCGAUUUUAUUACUACCAAAAAACUUAAUAUUAAGAACAGAGGUAAAAAUGAUAAGACAACUUACAAGGACGAUUUCGGUGAUUCAGAUGAUGAGGCUGCUCCGGAUGCUUACUUGGAACGUGUCAAGGCAGAAGGUCAGGAAAGAGAUGAUGACGACGAUGACGAUGAUGAAAGUACAGAUGAAGACUUUAAUCCAGGCCAAGAUGAGAGCGACGUUGCUGAAGAAUUUGAUAGUAAUGUCAGUAGUUCAUCUGAAGAAGAUGAAGAAGGAGGAGACCCCAAUAAGAAAAAGGAGAAGAAGGAGAAAAAGGAGAAAAGGAAGACAAAAACAGUUUCCGAAAACCCUCGUAAAAAACGAGGAAAGAAAGAAAGAGAGGACGGUAAACCAAAAAGACCAAGUACCGCGUUCAUGCUUUGGCUGAAUGAAACCAGACCAAAAAUUAAGGAGGAAAACAAAGGAAUCUCAGUUACGGAAAUAGCUAAGAAAGGUGGUGAAAUGUGGAAAGAACUUAAAGACAAAUCUGAAUGGGAAGAAAAAGUAAAGAAGGAUAAAGAAAGAUAUGAGAGAGAAAUGGAAGAAUACCGAGCAGCAGAAGGUGGCACAACUGAAGGAGACAGUAAAAAAUCCAAAUCAUCCUCAAAGAAAAAAUCUCCAACCAAAAAUCCAAAAGCUAACGAGUCUACUAAAUCAAACGACGAUAGUGGUAAAAUUAAAAGUAAAGAAUUCAUUGUAGAAUCUGAUUCUAGUGAAGAUGAUGACAAGAAGGAAACAAAAGCAAAGAAAGGAAAGGACACAGAUGAUGAAGCUGACUCUAGUGGAGAUGAAAAAAAGAAGGAAAAGAAAGGAACGAAAGAAAAGGGAAAGAAACAAAAGGAAUCCGAUGAUGAAGCUGACUCUAGUGAAGAAGAAGAGAAGGAAAAGAAAGGAAAGAAAGACAAGGAAUCAGAUGAUGAAGCCGACUCUAGUGAAGAUGAGAAGGAAAAGAAAGGAAAGAAAGAAAAGAAGGGAAAGAAAGACAAUGAAUCGGAUGAUGAUGAAGCCGACUCUAGUGAAGAUGAAGAGAAGGAAAAGAAAGGAAAGACAGAAAAGAAGGGAAAGAAAGAAAACAAGGGAAAGAAACAAAAGGAAUCAGAUGAUGAAGCCGAUGAAGCCGACUCUAGUGAAGAUGAAAAGAAGGAAAAGAAAGGAAAGGCAGAAAAGAAGGGAAAGAAAGAAACCAAGGGAAAGAAACAAAAGGAAUCAGAUGAUGAAGCUGAGGAUGAGGAGGACGAUGAAGAGAAGAAGGAAUCAGAUGAUGAAGCCGAAGAUGAUGAUGACGAUGAAGGGGAAAGAGGUGUUAAAAGAAAGAAAGAGAGCGAUGAGAGUGAUUAAUGUUAACUAUAAGCAUGUAUUUUAUCAUUAUUUUGUCAUUAGUUUUAAAUACAUUUAAUACAAUUAUGAUUUAU